GCCCGCCGCGGGGAGGCUUUGAAAAAGUUCUCAGGUGCGCCGGUGGCUCUGUUGCCUCCCUCCUACCCGGGCGGGCGGGUUCGGCCCGGCCCGGCGGGAGCCCCCUGCAGCUGCGGGGACGAGGCUGGUUUGCGGCGGGAGCGAGGUUUCGGGUGCCGGCGGCGAGGACCGUGCUAGCGCUCCGGCUGCGGGCGCAGCCCCGGGUCCCGGAGCGAUGGGGCGGGCCGGCGCCUGAGUCACCUGUGCGGCGCCGCGCAGCCCCUGCUGUCCCUCAGGUCUUGGGGCCGCUGGGAAGCAUGGCUGCUAAGAAACUAAGGAGAGCAAGGUUGUCUCAGGAGCUGUGUGAAAGGCUGAGUCGCCAUCAGAUCACUACCUGUCAGGACUUUUUGUGUCUUUCCUUCUUGGAGCUAAUGAAAGUGACGGGACAGAGCUACUAUGAUGUGCAGAAACUUCUUUGUAAAGUCAGCCGGGCUUGUGCUCCCAAAAUGCAGACAGCUUAUGAAAUGAAACUGAGGAACUCCGUCAAUUCCUCUUCAGCCUUUUUAUCCACGACGCUGCAUAGUUUGGAUAAAGUCUUGCAUGGUGGAGUACCCUGUGGAUCCCUCACAGAGCUAACUAGCCCACCAGGUUGUGGCAAAACUCAAUUUUGUAUUAUGAUGAGUGUUCUGGCUACACUACCUGUGAGCAUGGGAGGACUUGAUGGGGCUGUUAUAUACAUUGACACAGAGUCUGCGUUCAGUGCUGAAAGGUUGAUUGAGAUAGCAGGAAACAGAUUCCCUACUUAUUUUGACUCAGAUGAAAAGCUGUUCUGCAUGACCCGUAGCAUUCACCUGUAUCGAGAGCUGACCUGUGGCAGUGUACUGAACAGGAUUAUGUCUUUGGAAGAAGAAAUUAUUUCAAAGAAAGUUAAACUCAUAAUAAUUGACUCUGUUGCUUCAGUUGUCAGAAAGGAGUUUGACACAAAACUCCAAGGCAACCUGGCAGAGAGAAGUAACUUUUUGACUAGAGGAGCAUCAGUGUUGAAGUAUUUGGCAGAGGAGUUCUCAAUACCAGUUAUCUUGACGAAUCAGAUUACCACAUCAUUGAGCAAUGGCGUUGCGAUCCAGGCAGACCUGGUGUCUCCAGCUGAUGAUUUGUCCCUGUCUGAAGGAGCUUCUAGAAGUGGGAAGAGGGAACCUGGUUGUGUGACAGCAGCCCUUGGCAACACAUGGAGUCACAGCGUCAACACCAGACUCAUACUACAAUAUCACGACAUGCCGACAAGACAGCUCCUGGUUGCUAAAUCCCCUGUUGCUCCAUUCUCUGCUUUUUUCUACACCAUUGAGAAAUCAGGCUUGGUUCUUCAAGAUGGAAAGGAUCAAACAAAUCUAACCUUGGAAGGAACCAAUCCUGCCCUGCAGACCAUACGAGUGAGGAACAGUGCCUUGAAAGAUACUUUACUUGAUGCUGCUUUACCCAAAACUACUGGUGAGACUCCGAGCAAUACAUCCAACCUAUAGAAAGGACAAAUAGAACCUCCACUAAGAAAUGAAUGAAUGAAUGACAACAUUGGUCUUCAAAGAUCUGGUGAAGCAGGUGGUGGGCAUUCUUCUUCUUUUGUCUCUUCAAAAACUAACUUUAAAACCAAGUGCUGCUCUUUGUAUGUGCGGGGCCAUACUUAACUCUGAACUUAGGAAAAUCCUAUAUAUUGUUCAGGUUAAUUUAAGUGAAAUAGUAAUAAAAGCCUCUGAACAACACACAUGCUACUGAAGAAGCAUAGGACACACGUGCCUUCCUAAUUCACCCCGUCACCUCACCAGUGUGGAGGAAUCAACAGUGAAACACACAAGAGUGCUUGGUGUCCACAACCCAUAACAUGCUGAAAUGGUCGCUUCUGCUUUUGAAGAGAAAUGAUAAACCCACUCAUUGGCUUGGUUAAGAAGCAAUAGUUCAGUGAGCUCCUGUUCCUGUAACUCACUGGAAAGUCAUCAGAGAUGAUGUAACAGAGUUGCUAAUAACCGGGCUGUGACGGUUCAACAUGGAAGGAGAACAGGUAGCAAUCUAAAAGGUGGGAAGAUCAGUGUAUAUUACAGCUGCUUAGCUUCCUCUGUCUUCACGGCACUUUUAAAGUAUUCACAAUAUGACUGCAAACCACAGAACUAUUUACUCACCUUACAGACUUAGGGAAUGUGUGACUUGCUCAAGGCCGCUGAAGGCAUCGCUUGCUGUGCUGUGAUCAGGAUCAGGUUGUUCCCAGCCCUCAAGACUCACAUCCCUAAGGGAAGGCCAUGGGUUCAGUUAGUGCUGGGUGCCGAUGCACAGUGGACGUUGGCCCGAGAGGCUGGUGGCUGGUUCUGUCCUCUGCAGUCACAGGGAAAGCCUCCCUGAGCAACCUCUUGAAAAGCAAGAGUAACCUGUACAGAGAUAUGGGAAGUCUGGAGUACUGCCGAAGUGGCUGUAGGUUGCCCAGCAAGGAAAUCACCUGCAGUGGGGCCACCUGUGGUAAUAAGGUGAGCAAGUUGCCGUUGCCAUCUGCUGUUUGCUAGGCCAUCUUUGGGUGAUGAGAGAGUUCCUAGGGAGCACACGGCCCAUAUUAAAAAGUACUGCACACCCUUACCAUGGCAGUGCAAGUCUCUUGCAGCUCCUCAGUCUCUGAGGAGCCGAUGGGAUGUGGAAGCUGAUGUUGUGUCACUCACAGCCACCAAACAGGAUGGCAUGGAGAAGGCUACUCUGCAGCUAUCUGGUUACACGCCCACUCACGAAGCUUUGGGCUCUCCUUUAACAAGGAAGUUUCCAUCACAACAGGGAAGUUACUCCAUUUCAAUAAGCUACUUUUAAAAGCUAAUGACGUUUCACCUUGGGGAAGAGCAAUUCUCCAGCUUCAGCGUUACAAGUUUUGUGCUUUGAAGAGACCUUUGUAAAAUUUAAUUUUAAUUUUGUUUUAACUGAAGUUUAGUUUUUCUUCUGGACAGUGCUGCGCUACUGGCCGUUCAGUCAAACCCUGCUGAACUUACUUGUAGCCAUUUUAUCUGGGUAUCUUGUAAAUAUUUGGUAGAGCACUCAGACACAGGAGUGUUUUUUUGCUCUUACAGUCACAUGCCUGGUUCCAGGACCUUUCAGAAGCACAAAAGGCUGAAGGCAGGGAAAAUUCCACUGAGAAGCAUUCAAGUCUCCAGGGAGAAACUGCACUCUGUUUAGACUACAAUUUCUUAUUGCUGCCUCUCCAUUUUUUUAAAAACAUGGAAGGAUAGAGAAGGGAAACUGGAGGGUAGGGGUUUUUAUUAUUAUAAACAAUGAAAUGCAAGCACUGUUUCACUCAGGUCUCUCAUAUUGCAGGACCAUUCGCGGUUGGAGAGGGAGAUAAGUUUUUUAAUGCUCUCUGCACUACCUGGGAAAUUUCCAUCCAAGUUCUAAAAUGUUUUACAAACAUUAUUGAAUUAAAACUUAAUCCCCUUCUCCUCAGGCCCAUGAAGCAAGUACUAAAUACAAGUUUAAAGACAGGGCUAAUGAGACUAAAAAUGUUGUGCUUUGCCUGAAGUCACUUGGGCGGUGUGGCAAGUGGACUCGGGUCUUUGAGUUCCAGCUUUCUACCUUACACCACAGACAACACACAUUCCCUCCCUUUUCAAGGCUUGCUGUACUUCCCCUUCUGGGAUACAGUGAAAACGUGCUGGCAUCACACCUUGAGAUAACCUUGGAACAGAGAGAGUACUCACAGCUGCUGUCCCAUGGGAUUAAGACGUCGAAAAGAUCAGAGAGGGAUGUGAGGGGGGUGGGAGAAAGCAAGUCACUGCUGUGUCUGCCUUGGGCAUGUUCUGCCUCUGCUGCUGCCAGUGGGGUUGGUGUACUAUCAGGCAGUACCUCCAACAUCUUUGUGUGUGCUUCCAUAUAAUAUUCAGGCAUGACUGUGGUAAAAAUGCCAUAAUCAAAGAGAGAACUUGGAUGACAAGAAAAUUGGAGAGAUGAGCCACUCCUGUAUUGAAUAUAUGUGAUUUCAUUAUCCUUCUGUAUGUGACCUGCAUUUCUUACUGCUUCUUCUUAUCAGUAUCCCACAACUACUGCUGCAGCAAUCCUCUCUCAUGUUUUCAGAAGAGUGGGAUAAUCCAUCAGCCAGUUCCUCUCCAGUGGUAUGAGUCAGGGUUUUACCAGGGGCAUUAAUGGGCAGUUGAAGAGAGUUGUUCCCAACAGGGCUGAGCAAAAAGCAACGUGAACAUAAGCCAUGAAGUGGAAGAGAAGGAAACAAAUAUAUAGAUUUAAAGGGUUUGAAUUAUUUCUUUUCCCUUAGCUUCUUUCCUUGCCCACACGGAUCAAUAACCAGGCGUGCAAAAGGUGGAAAUGUGUUGAUAGUGGCUGGCAUAAGCGUGACUGAGAGCUUCUCCUACUGUGCGAACAAACCUGAAGUCAGUAGCCCCCCAAACCAGAUUGGUGUGCACCAGCUAUUCCAGCCCUUGUAGGUGAGAGGUGCUGGGAGAAAAAUCAGAUCACAGUGCAGCAGUCUCCUCCCGUCUCUCCUGUGACCCUGCAGUGUACCCCGGCACUAGUGCCUUUGGCCUCUUCACACUGUUACCUUUUGUGACAAGGCCCCAGCACUGGUCCUCGGGUUCGCUUCCCUCACGCAGACUCGCUGCGAAUGCUGUGCACAGAGCUCAUUUCAUUCCCCGCUGAAAGGCAGCCAGGCCUGAGGUGAAACAUGGCAAGCGCUUUGCCAUGCCUGGCAACUCCAGGCAGCUGCUGAAAACAAGCAGGAAAAAAAGCAGUGUACAAACACAGGGGAAUUUUCACAUAGGCAGGAUGUAAUUAGCAGAGCUGGAAUUUGGCCAGGACGCUGGGGUUAAAACGCUGGCUUGCAGGUAACACACUGGGGUAUUUCAUAAUUCAAAUGCUCAGGAUCUCCCGUUUCCAUCUUACCUGGAAGAUGUCAGAAGACCGUUCCCUAUUUAAUGUUCCUGGGCAGCUCUCGAACAUCUGACACAAAGGAAAAAGUGUCUAAUGGUGCUGCACCUGCAGUGCUUCUCCGCCAGCAACUGCCCACCGCCAACAGGAGCUGAAAGGAUCACAUCCUGACAGGGCUACGGCUGCAUCGUGGUAAGACACCACAGCUGCCUCCAUGCCUUGGGGUUUACUCCACCCUUAACUCUCAUUACUCAUUCUUCAGGCCCCAAAUUCCCACCAAACAGAAAGAAAAGAUGAUGAAAUUAUGGCAGCCCCUCACACGUAAAACACAAAAGAGAGGAUAUCACCAUUAGGUGCUGCUUCAACCUUACUCUCUGCCACUUGAAAUAGUACCAAAUUGCUAUCGGACAACAGAGAAUUAGAUGAAACGUUUCUCCUCAGUGCAGAUGAGUGAGCUUUUCCAACUGGCCUUGCCGGUAAUACACAAAAUGUUAAGAGCUCGUGCCUCCUCUUUCCUUCCAGCAGAGAAAUCACGUUCAAAGCAGCAAAACAUUUUUUUCCCUUCAUGAUCUCACUUUCCGUAUAAGCAAUCUUUGUGUUUACUACGAGGAUGUUGCAUGUCCACAAAAGGUCAAGGAAGUCAUUCAUGAACCUUAUGUGUGGAAAGUCCGCAUGAUGUUUCUACUAUGAUGCGGCCCACAGCCUGAAUAUAAAUAAUUGCAAACCUUUAACCCCUCAUCCAUCAGACCUGCAGACCGCAUGCCGUUCGAAGAGCUGACUUCCUUCCUGUGGUGCAGUGCAUGCAAGCAAAACAAGAGGUGUUCCUCCCACCCAAGAAAGCAUAAUCUCAGCAUCAGCAAGUCAGAAAAAAGGGACCCCUCCUAUGCCUGUGAGGGCUCCCCGUAUCAGCUUUUGUUUUCUUUGGGGUUUUUUGUACACCCAGGCUGCCGUGCAAGUCCCCCUCUGUCAAGUGUUGCUUAACACAACCACCGAGCAAACUUGCUGAGAGCACCUCAGUCAGUGGGAUGACAAACCUACAGACUGGCUCCAACGGCAAAGUGAGCUGGAGGGAGGAAAGUACGGGCAGCUGCAGGCAACAGGAAAUCCAGCACUAAUAAAUAAAAUGUUCUUAUAGCCAGAAAGAGGAAAUAAACAGCAACAGCACAAACUGAGAGGACAGAAGAGAGGAACACAGCAUAACUGUGGGGCGGGAAUCACUGCAUUACAGUGAGCUUAUUUUUACAGAACAUCGUCCCGGUUUGUUAUGUGUUCAGACUGCAAAAAAACAGUGGGGGAAUGGGAGGACUGCUCAAAGAGAGGGUCUCUAUCAGAAGAAGUUGUCAACAACCACUGCAAUUAAGGAAGCAGCCAGAGAACACACAACCUGAGCUGCCGCCAAAGUGAAAUGAAAGCAUUUUUUGUUUGCAGCCGUAGCCCCGAAGGAUAAUAAAAGAUGCUUCCACCGUGCCAAGUGAGGAGCUGCAGGGACACCGUUUCUAGACGGCAAAUGCCCUGCUCCCAUCUUUCCAAAAUUACACGCUCUGGGGAGGCAGCAAGUUACUCUUCCUACGUGCGCUUUCGAAGCACAUGCCCGCACACCCUGUCUGACUGCAGCUGCCGCCUCAGGAGGCCACCGGGCAGGUGAGCCCCCAACCACCAUGGUAACGAUGGAGGUGGCAUAGCCUGAGCUCUGCCCCCAGCCGAUGGGCUGUUCUGGCACUCCUUGGUCCAGAUUGCUGAAUCAACAACCCUUAAUUUUUCCCCCUCGCGCUCAGCUGUGGGUGCGCCACGGCCCCACGGCAUUGUCACCACCAGUGGGAGCUGCCGCAUUCAGAAGAGCUGCGCCCCGCUCUCCUCCCAGGGGUGGCUGCUGGUGCCUUGGCAAGGAGCUUCAUGCACGGCAUGCCGGAACAGUACUCUUCUUGCUGCUGGUAGCAUCUUUCACCUGGAACGGCCACGUGGCCUGUGCCUGUGCGGCAGUGGGUGGGCUGGCAGAGCCGAGGGGGUCGGCAGGGACCUUCUCAGCCAUGGGACGGUAUCGUGAGGCUUUCACUGGUGGCUGUAGAAACUCGUGCAGGUUCAGCGAAGGGAAAGAAGUCAUUCACAAAUUGCAUGCAUAUUUCUGAAUUCAUUCAUUGAGUGGCGUUUGCCUUUCAUCCUCCCCCCGAGCCCCACGUGUGUUGCUGGCAUUCUCUCCCAAUCCCAUAUCACAAUUCUCAGGUCUGUGCAAGCCACGGCCUGCCAAUGGAGCCCACGGUCACUGGACCCCCCAGCCCAGGUACAUGAAAAGUUACGUGCAAAGGUUCAGCGCUUUCUCCUGACGACAGCCCCCAUUCCCAUGCAUCCCCUGCAGUAUUUUCCUCAUAAAGUGCCAGAGAAGCUUUGCACCGCGCAGGGUGCUAAGGAGGUAGCUACAUAGUCCAGCAUUUCCAGAGUCUUUGCACUCUCUCCUAAGGUGUAAAUACAAGCAGUGGAGCCAAGUGAAUGUCUGACAAGGCUGCCAUUUAUACCUGAAGGAAAAAAAGAACUGCUGCUUUCCAACCAAAUGCAUAUUGCUGUUGCCUCACUUUCUCUAGCCCAACCACCGUCCUAAUCAUUAAUUGCUUCAGCAGGGUAUGGAAAUCACGUCUUAAAGCCUGUAUACAGGGUACACAGCUAUGAUCCAGUAUAAUUUUAACCUUCACUGGACAUUGCCAAUAUGUUUUUCACUAGGGAAUCAAAAAGAAAAUACAGUCGUUUCCCUAAAGCCUUCCAUUACCAAGUUCUAGAUGAUAGUGUGGGUAUUUAAUACAUCACAAAACCUGUGAAGGUGACAAAAUAUUUUCUUUCACAUCCCUCCUACCUGUGAGACAUCAGAGAAAACACAUGCUUUUGGAGAAUCUCAAAUGGAAGUGAUUUUUUUAUUAAAUAUAGAUGAAAAGCAGAAAUGUUCAAAAGCUGUUUCUGAUAUAUAGGCAGUGACAGCCAUUUCCUCACUAUUGCUGUAACGUGAAGGAGUGCAGGUAUCUCCUGCAGAAAGAGCCCUUGUUCUCCACCCAGUGCUUCCACGUAGGAUUUCACGCAUGUGACAGUGUGUGAUCCAUGAAUUGCAGCUCAGCUUUGGAAAGCAUGGGAAUUGUGCCUGGCUGUCAGGGCCCGGUGUUCAUCUGGGUUUCACAUGGCCCACAGAAAGACGUGCCAGUCGCACCUUCAAGCCAAACAGUUGGAUAAUCAAACCAAGCAUUUGUUUUCAGUUUUGGUUCUUUUUUCUGGAGGGGAGGGGGCAGGCUGGUUAUGAGCUCCAAAAUACACAUGCGUUUUUGUGUGUUUAAGUGAAAAGACCAUGGCAAGGUUUUAACCUACAGUCUGUUUAUACUGUUCUGUUUUAAGGUCCAUCAUUACCAACAAACAAAAAUAACCCCAAAUAAAAUUGACAGUAUUUUUCAAAUUCUCUGAUUUUCCCAUGCAUUCAAAAGUGCUAGCCUGUUCUGCUUGACUGGCUGGCUGUUUGAUUGUUGCUUUAUAUUUUAUUACAUUGUUUAAUUGUAAGCCUCCAAAAUCAUAAAAUCUGAGUUCUAGUUUCAGUCUCUACAUUCAAAUAUAACUACUGAAAAAUGUCUUGUCUACUCUUUAGUGUAUAUGGCAUUUAACAUACUUUGCUUAAAUUGGAUAUUUCCAACUCAAUCCAAACAGACUUGAAAAAUCCUCCUUCUCCCAGAUGAGAGCACACCUGAAUAAUAUAGGAAUGACUUUUCUCACUGAAAAGCAUUAACAAAAUACAUGCAUAAAUACUGGGGUUUAA